CUUUUAAAACCAAACAGGCAAUCUCACAGCAAAGAAAAAAUCCUUCGCUUCUCUUGCUUCAACCCCCAACCACCAUUGUACAGUACUCAUCACCCAUCUGUGUAAUUUCUUAGCCAUGGCUAUCACCUAAAAAAAAUGAAUUUCUUUCUUCUCUUUUUCUUAUCUUCAAUGAAUUUCACUAUCUUUGCACCCCUUUGUUUCUUCUCUGUUCAAUUUUUCAAAUAUACCAAUCUGGUUAAACACUUGAUUUUCACCUGAAAAGGAAAAAAAAGAAUCUUGCAUAAGUAACUCUUUUAAAUAAUUUCAAUAAUUCUAGCAGGAAAAUCCUUCACCCGGAUUCAUGGAAAUUUAGAGUGGCAAAUUGGAUAGUGGCUGAAUAAUAUGAGAUGUUUCUUUUCCCUUCUGAUGGUCAGAAGGCAUAAGAAAUCUUACAAACAAUCACUGCUUUUGGGUGGAGGUCUUUUGUUCAGUGCCCGAGAGAUUACAAUCGAAACAUAGUUGUGGAGUUCUAUAUUAAUCUUAAUCUAGUAAGUCGUACUUCAACCGUGAGAGGUAAAAUUAUUCGCUUUGAUGCUGAAUUUAUAAAUGAUAUUUUUAACUUGAGAAACACUAAUGAUAGUGAAACCAAGAAAUUUAUGGAUGAUCGGGAUGUAGAUUUUAUAAGACAUGUGUUGGACGAGUUGUGUCCUAAUGGUGUUAAAGUUUACUCGGGAACUGCUGAACGCCCUUUGAGUAUUAACUGUUCAUGUAUGCUUGAAUUAGCAAGAGCUUGGGGUAGAUUCGUCAGUUCUCACUUAAUCCCAUAGUUGAAUACCUCGAACUACAAUAUAGAAAGAGUUCUUUUGAUAUAUGCGAUUAUGCAUGAAUUGUCUGUGAAUGUGGGGAGAUUGAUUAGUGAUGCUAUGGUUAAUUAUUGGAUUAAGCUUGAUUGUGAAUGUUUGUAUUUUUCUUUAACUAUCACUCAUUUGGCUUACUUAUUUGAUGUGGAUUUGAGUGGUUUACCAAAGACUGAAAAUUCCUACUUCAUCGGUAGUCACUUUCUCCAUAGCUUGAGACCUCCUACUGGUCCAAAUCAAGUUGAACAGGAACAAAUGCUUGUUGAUAGUAGAGACCAAGCAGAGAAUGAGCCAGAACAACCUCUUAAUUCAGAAGUUGGAACCACGCCUACCAUCCUCGUUCCUGAUAUUCUGGUGGUGGUAGCCUUAAUGUUGCAGGUGUAAAUUUCUAUCAGGGAAUACCUGUAUCUGUACCAACACCACUUCCCAUAACAAUGAUGGAUUUAAACAGGGAAAGUGGAUCUACACCAAGUCCGAUGACAUUUAGUAGUCAGCCUCUUUCUGUUUUCUCUAAUCUGGAAGCUAACCAUGGAGUUGCUACAACUGGAGGUUCAUUGGUUCCUAUUCAACAAGAAAAUGGCUUUGAUGUCAAUACAUACCUUGAUCUCUUUCAAGGUAAUGGUCAUGAAAAUUAAGAAGGGAACAACAAAUUGUUCAUUCAGGAGAAUGAAUAAUUUAGGUGUGGGAGAUUGUAAUUUUUUGGCUAUAUUUUCUCUAUAAUAAUUUUGGAGUUGUUGACUAGCUUCUCUUUACUGGUUUGGAGGAACCUGUUGGUGGAUGUUUGUGUUUUUGUGCACUGGAAGAAGAAAAAAGUUUUUUUUCAACAAAACUUUAGAAUUUUUUUUUCUUCUUUAAUGCUUUUUGCUGGAUGAUAGAAUGGAGUGCUUUGUCAUGCUGAUAUGUGCCUUUUUUGUGUGUAAACAGGCCAUGAAAUGGCAGAUUUAAGGUUGAUAGUUUGGUGCUA